GCAGGAAGUAAGCUAAAAUGUGUGUUUUCGUGGAAGAAUAUUUAGAAGGAUACAUUCUUAUCAUGAUUUCAUCAUUAUAAGUUAGGUUUUCUUAUGUAAUUAAUAUUUUAAGAGAUUCAAUCUUUUGAUCGCCUCAACUCGCCCAAGAAGUGUUGGCUGGGUUUUGUAUUCACUACUAUGCAUCUGGGUCUUGUUACAGUGCCUUCGGUUCUAGGCUUCUAAUUCUUACUUUUUCAAAUUCUAGACCCAAUAAAUGAACUGUAUUCUGCAUUAUUGUGAAUCACCAAGCUUCCCAAAAGUAGCUCAAAGAUGAGAAACGACCCUGCCCAACUGGGGUUCUUCCUCUUUUUUCUCUCCCUAUGGAGACUCUUUAUAGAAAUGACCAUGGCACAGAACACAGCAAUCCCAGUUAACGCGGGAGUGGUCCUUGACUUUGAUACAUCGCUUGGAAAGAUGGGUCUGAGCUGCAUCCCUCUGGCCCUCUCAGAUUUCUAUGCCUCUCAUGGUAACUACAAGACUAGGCUCGUUCUGAAGACUAGAGACUCCAGAAGAGAUGUUGUUGGUACAACUGCAUCAGUUGAGGAAAAAAUUGGGCAAGAAGUGGAAUGCACUUUCAAAAGUAGAAAAAGAAGAUUUCAUGGCAAAGUCCAAAGAAAGUUCUUCCAAAGUUAUAUCUUCAGACUCGAUGCUCACUCGAGCGAGUGAUUAGAGUUAUUGAAGAAUUAGAACCAAAGCAAAGAGCAGCCAUAGAAGAAAUAGGAUUUGGUAGCCUCUUGCAACUUUGAUGUAGGAAAAUUGAUCAUGGUUUAUGUCUUUGGUUGAUAAAUAGUUUCAACCCGAACAGUUAUAUGUUAGAGUUGUAUAAUACUUUCAUCAAAUUAUCCUCCAUUGAUGUUGAAUUUAUUAUGGGAUUGAGGGUAAGAGGGUUGAAGAUUGGCAUGAACAAAGAUGUUAACCAUAAGAAUGAUUUAUGUAAAAAAUAUUGUGAUAAAAAGGGGCGAUUGCCAUUAGUGAUGUUAGAAAAUCAAAUUAGGGAGGAUAAAGAAGGUGGAAACGAUUUCAAAGUUCAUUUUGUAUUAUUUGUGUUGGGUGCAUUAUUGUGCCCAACAAUGAAGCUUUUUGUGAAA